AUGACGGACGAGACAUUCUUCCAAAGAGAGUUUGCCCCAAAGCGUCUGGCUUUUUGGAUAUUUUGGUUUGGCUCUCAUAUAGGCCUCUUCAUCUAUGGUUUCUUUAAACAAAAGGACGAUGCUUCACUCGCCACUCUCAACAGCAUAGGUUUGUCCGUAUGGACUUCGCGUGGUGCUGGUCUGUGUCUCGCUUACGACUGCUCCCUAAUCCUUCUGCCAGUAUGCAGAAACAUUAUCAAAUACCUUCGGCUUACCUUCCUUAAUAGACUCAUACCCUUUGACGAAAACCUUUGGUUCCAUCGUCAAGUUGCAUAUGCAAUGCUAUUCUUUACGUUGAUACAUACGUUUGCUCAUUACAUCAACUUUUUCAAAGUGGAAGUACUCGGACUGUUCCCGACCUGGACCGUCCACUACAAAACGUGGGCAGGUCUCACCGGUCACUUUAUGCUACUGAUCAUGGUACUCAUGUACACCUCGGCUUACCUUCCAAUGCGAAAUCAGAGCUUUGAGACUUUUUGGUAUACGCAUCACCUUUCCUUCUUCUUCAUGCUCUGUCUUUACUUCCACGCAUACGGAUGUUUCGUCAGGACUGCCAAUCACGUAUGUAAGCCGUAUUACUCGUAUAGAUACGCAUUGGUUGGUGGAGUCAUCUACUUUUUUGAGCGCGUGUUGCGUGAAAUUCGUUCUCGACGAGCCACUCGAAUCACAAAGGUCAUCGCCCAUCCCGAGCGGGCCAUUGAAAUUCAAUUCGACAAGCGAAGUUUCCGCUACAAGCCCGGUCAGUAUCUCUUCCUCAACGUUCCCGCAAUCUCCAAGUGGCAAUGGCAUCCUUUCACGAUUACAUCGGCUCCAGAUGAUCAGUAUGUAUCGAUACAUGUGAGACAAGUCGGUGACUUUACAACCGCACUUGGCGAUCUACUUGGUUGCAAUAAUGGCUCGGGCAAGAGAUCAAAGACAGAAUCAGUCGUCAUCCAAAACAAGUUUGAUUCGUUGCCCACAAUUCGCGUUGAUGGUGCGUUUGGUGCCCCUGCCGAAGAUGUAUUUGAUAACGAGGUCGUUAUUCUAGUUGGUUGUGGUAUCGGAGUCACUCCAUUCGCUUCCAUUCUCAAGAAUAUAUGGUACCAGCAUCGUAAUAGUCGCCCAUCUAAACUUCGCCGUGUUGAAUUCUAUUGGAUCUGCCGUGAUACAGAGGCUUUUGAAUGGUUCCAGUCUCUACUUAAAGCACUGGAAGCAUCUCAGAUGGAACCUGGAUUCUUGACUUUCAAUAUUUACCUCACUCAAAAACUUAGACAAUCUACGAUCCAGAAUAUCAUCAUUAAUGACGUGUCUGGGACUUACGACCCGUUGACGGAUCUUACUAGCAGAACUCACUACGGGCGUCCUAACUUUGGACAAGUGUUUGAUGAUCUGACAAAAUCUAUUCAGUCUGGGAAAUAUUUGCCUAGAAAGGACAAGGGACCAACUAACGUUGGUGUAUAUUAUUGUGGACCUGCACCUCUGGCCAGGACCUUAAAAGUAGCAUGUAAAAAAGCUGCGAAUCCAGACAUCAAAUUCAGUUUCCAUAAAGAGCAUUUCUAG